UUGGGCCCCAUGGUGGGUGGGGUCACUAGGAGCUGAAAUAUUAUUCAAUUAUGGAUCAUAAAUCUUCAAAAAAUACAGACAAACCAGAAAACAUUAAUGAAAACACUGCCAGUCAGCCAUCCUCCAUAAUAGUGCAUGCUACUGGGGAAAAACCUUUAUCAAAAUGUUCCCCUUUUUUGAUUCAGAAGUUAUUUGAAUCAAUGAUUGGGCACCUGAAAAAAACCCAAAAAUUGAGGUCAGGAGACCUACUUGUAGAAACUGCCUCACCUCAACAGUCGGCAAAACUUUUAGCUGCAAAGAAAUUGGGAGACAUCGAAGUCACAGUCACACCACAUGGAAGUUUGAACUCAUCACGUGGUGUGAUAUCUGAGUUUGAUCUGAUGUCUCAAGAUGUAUCAGAUAUUCAGAUGAACCUUUCAGACCAGGGUGUCACUGCUGUUCGACGUAUCUCCAUUCGUCGGGAUGGCAAAUUAAUACCAACCAAACAUUUAAUUUUCACCUUUAACAAUCCGACAUUGCCAUCUUUUAUUACAGCAGGUUAUCUGCGCUGCCCUGUUCGUCCGUACGUUUCAAAUCUGCUGCGUUGUUUCAAAUGCCAGCAGUUUGGACAUUCACAGAUAUCCUGCCGUGGCAAGAGCAUAUGUGCACAGUGUGGGACUGAAGGUCACGAGAGUACCGAGUGUACCAGUACCCCAUGCUGUGUUAACUACAAAGAUGCCCAUCCUUCUUACUACUGAAAAUGCCCUGCAUGGCAAAGAGAAAAGGAGAUACAAAGGUGAAAACAGUCAACAACAUACCUUACCCAGAGGCUCGUCGUAUGGUCACUUCAACUGCACCUUUGAGACAGAAAACAUUUGCUGCUGUUUUGAAAUCCACAAAGACAUGUGGGGUUCAAACAGAUAUUUCUGUCUCUCCUAGUGAAUCUCUUACCCGCCAUGCGAAAUGUUUAAUUCUCCCAACUAUCCAAACAUCAGAAAAAGAGACGAAGAAAGCCAAAACACCCCUACCAAAAACGGGUAAUGACAAGAAACGUGGGUUCUAAGAAGGCUGCUAAGAACCCGCUCAACAAACAAAAAUUAACAGCAGCCAUCUCCAAAUCCAAGACAUCAGAGGCUCAGUCUAUGAGUGAGUUCUCCGACUUCUCUGACGAGAAGACUAAUAAGGAGGUGACACCACCAACUUCACCUCUAAAAGGCAAAUCAGCCGUAAAACUAAAGAGGGAUACCUUCACAAAGAAUGCUGCCUCAAACACAUAAUGGAUUAUAAAAUAAUCCAAUGGAACUGUUGUGGUUUUCGCAACAACUUAUCUGAUAUUAAACACUUGACAUCAUCUACAUCAUCUCUCUGCGUAGCACUCCAGGAAACCCAUCUGAAACCUGGAGAGAGAAUUACAUUAAAAGGAUUCAAUCUCUACCGCAAGGAUGAUGAUAGCCACAAUCGUGCCAGUGGCGGUGUGGCUAUUGUGGUUUCAAAUCGUAUUCCAUCCUUGCCGGUACAAAUA